AGGUACACAGCCCCUUGCUCUUCCCUCUGCUUUUCGUCCGACCUUGCACCUCAGUCCAAGAAACCCCGACUUCAGGGUGACCGCAUUAGUCGUGUGCAGGAACUCGGGAUGAAUCCGCUGUACGUUCUCGGCCUGGGUCUCGCUUUCUUUCUGACAUCUAAAGGAGAAGAGGAAACAUGUGACCCCGACAUUCAAAUCGUCGGAGGCUGGGUCACCAAGUCCAAAGGCAACGAGCCGAAGAGCGUGGCGAAGUUUGAGUGUCCGGAUUCGCACUAUCCCUCGCCAGUGUCCUCAUCCAAGUGUCAGAACGGCAGGUGGAGCCACACCCAAAGGAGAAUCAAGCCCAUCUGUAAAGAGUUCCGAUGCCCAGCUCCUGUGCUCGAAGAAGGAAUCUUCACCCCAGUCAACUUAUCCUACGCGAUCGGAGAGACCGUCUCAUUCGAGUGCUACGACGGAUACGCCCUCAAAGGUUCGGAGAGCAGAACGUGCAUGAAGAACGGCCGUUGGAACGGGAGCAACGCCAUCUGUACCUCAGGCUUGCAAGAUUGUCCUCACCCCGGGGUCCCAGCUGGCGGCAGGAAAGCGGGGACCAGCUAUGACAUUGGAGACAGCGUGCAAUACUAUUGCAACGACGGGCUAGUGUUGGUGGGAUCGAGCAAGAGACGGUGCCUGGAGUCGGAGGAGUGGACCGGCGCGGCGCCCACUUGUCAGCACCCGAACUCCUUCGACAUAGUUGAAGACGUGGCAGAGUCUUUCACAGCCUCCCUCAUCAGCACCAUGGGCAGGAGCCGCGCUGGCGACUCGAAGACUCCAGCACCCUCCCUCGCCCGCAAAAUUUACCUCGGCAAAAAUGCCGACCUCCACAUGUACUUCAUGAUCGACGCGUCGGACAGCGUGGGGGAGGAAAACUUCAAUCAGGCCAUCACGGUGGUGAAGAACCUCACUGACAAGAUCGCCAGUUUUGACAUAAGACCGCGGUUCGGGGUGGUGACCUACGCGUCCAAACCAAUAAGGGUGAUCAACCUGAACGAAGAAGACCGAUCGGGAGCCGACGCUGUCGUCGACAUACUGGAGAACGACGAAUUGGCCAAAUAUGAUGCUCACUUGGAUCAGAGAGGCACCAACAUUUACGCGGCACUGCAUGAGGUGUAUGAAAUGAUGUCGUUCUCGAAGCAAUCAUUCCAACGUACAUGGGAAAAGAUUAGAUUUGUCACGAUCUUAUUUACAGACGGGAAGUCGAACAUGGGCCCGAACCCGCGGAUUGCCGUGGACCGCAUCGAGAACUUCGUGAGACAGCAAAACAAAACCGAGGACUACCUGGAUAUGUAUGCCUUCGGCAUCUCUGACGAAGUAGACAGUGUGGAACUGAAUAACCUUGCAUCAAAGAAAAACGACGAGAAACACAGCUUCAUGAUCAGGGACACCACCGAGUUGGUCAACGCCUUCGACAAGAUAUUAGAUCUCAAUACUCUCGGCGACCUGUGUGGAGUGGCUGAUGAGAGACCUGACGCCAAGAUUCGGGAGAAGCACCCGUGGCACGUUUACAUAAACAUCCCGAAAAGUUUAGCACACGGCGGGACACUCGAAACGGGGAGCUGCAGCGGUUCCAUUGUAGCCCCCGGGUGGAUCCUGACUGCAGCCCACUGUUUCACCAAGGUGGAAAACAGAGAAAUGUACAAGGACAUCACCGUCACCCUCGGUGAAAACAAAAUUAUUCGAGUGAAGGAAUUGUUCAUCCACCCAAAUUUUAUGAUUGCGGCCAAGUAGACAUGAACAUCAGCCAGUUCUACGACUAUGACGUCGCUUUGAUUGAACUGGAGAAGGAAGAAAAAUACUCGACAUCUAUCAGGUCUAUUUGCUUGCCGUGCACGCCUGAGACGACGCGCGCUUUGCGCCAGCCUCACCCAAGACUACAUGCAGUGAUCAUGGUAA